AUUAAGUCUAUGAAUUAGUUGUUCAAAAUCCCUUCAUAUCGUUAUAAUCACACUCAGAGGCGAACAUAAGGAAAAGAAUUUAAUCGGAAAACUGAAUCCAGAUCGGCAAAGAUAAGAAGAAUAAUUACUAAAGAGUCAAAAAACCGUAUCCUCGCUCCUGCGGCGUAGUUUUCCAAACUCGAAUGCCGAAAUCAGUGCAUCAUAACGCGGAGAACUCAAGUCGAUGGGUUGUGAUCGGCGUUGGUGUUGGCGUUGCGGGAGUAUUAAUAGCCACAUACUAUGUACUUAGAUUUAUGCUUCUAUGGGUGGUGAUAGGCAUCUGCAUCGCUGCAGAUGUCUAUCGACGUCAGCUCAGACCUAGGAGCACUGUCAAAGAAGAUUGUGGCGCGAUGAAUAUCAAUUUGUCCGGAAACACGUCAGAGUCCAUAAUCUUGGUGGCGAUACAAAAAAUGGAGCGUGUUCUGGAUUUUAAUGUUGAUAAUGGGUGGGAUAGGUAUAUCGAUGAAACUGACUAUCGAAUCUUGGAAGAGGUAAUAAAUGAGCUGAGAAUGGUGGUGGAUUUCUUGAGAGACAAGAGCUCGGGAGAGAGGAGCCUGCUACAGCAUUUGGUAGCUGAGUUUGCCGAUGCAGCUCGACAUUCAGCUGAACUCGUGAUGGAAAGAAAAUUUACCGAACUGGAUAAUGCGCUAGGUUGGGUGAUGAAGUCUAGGAUGCUCGUGAUGGAGGCCGGAGCUGGUGAGAAGGAGAUCAGACCACAAAGUGUAGGCGUGGUUGGCUUGGAAAAAGACGUGAAACAGCUUUGUAAAGUGAUUCUUAACGAGGAACCAGGCCUCGUGACAAUGUGUGUCAAAGGAAUGGUAGGUGUGGGAAAGACAACUCUCGCCACACAAGUAUACAACAAUGCGGCCAUCGUUGAAAGAUUCAAGCACCAUCGUGCAUGGAUCGCCCUUUCUAGUGACACAGAUACACACGAAAUGCUUGUGAACCUGAUACAACAGUUGAUGGAACAGGAUGGAGAUUCCUUGUUGGUGGAGGAAAUGGGAAAAUGGAGUCUUAUGGAUAUGAUUUGCGAUCACUUGCGACGAAUUCCAUGUUUCAUAGUUCUCGAAAACCCGCCGCCAAAUAUCAAUUUCACAUACUUCUUUCUACGUCUGCGACGAGUAGGCAAUGGAAGUAGGUUGCUGAUAACGAGUCGCCGUGAGGUUACAACACUAGAAGUGUAUUAUACUCAUGAGAUGAAAUCCUUGGAUUCUGAUCAGAGUUGGAAAUUGUUUAUGAAAAUAGUUGAUAAAUUUACGGGUCAUGAGAACAAACUCUCAAAGGAGUUAGAGAGUAGGGGGAAGGAGAUGUUGAAAAAUUGUGGGGGUUUGCCGAUAGCUAUAAUAGAUGUUGGAAGACAAAAAGCAAAAGAAAGACUUUCAGGCAUUGCAUGGGAAGAGGUUUUUGAUUCAAUUGAUUUGAGUGAAUCGUUAAAGAAAUUGGAACCGAUGUAUCAUGAAUUGGAUGGUGAACUCAAGGCAUGUUUCUUGCAUAUGUCCUUUUUUAAGGAAAAUGCAAUAAUGAGGAAUGAAAAGUUGGAACAAAUUUGGGCUGUAAGUGGAUUAAAAACACGAAGGUUUGCUUGGGCUACAAGAGUAAAAAGUAAAUGUACAUACGAUUUAUCUAGUCAAUCCAUCAUUGAAGUCCUGGACCCGUACCAAAUAACCAAAGAAGAAGUGAAAAGGUGUCGCAUGAAUCCUCUACUGCACAAGUUAUCCGUCAAAAAAGCAGAGGAGGAAAUAGGCUUUGAGGUCUUAAGCAGCAAUGGAAAUAAUAAAUCCGCUCAAAAUCCUAGUCAUCGUGUUAUCCAUUGUGGCAGAGAGAUGUUUAUUCAGACCACCAAUCAAGAAAAAAAUCUUGUUUCUCUCAUCUUCCAUGGAGGUGGUCGCUACUUGGACGACGCUGGCCAGUCUUAUUGGAAUAAUUUUGAACUCCUCAAGAUGCUCGACAUGGAAGAUUUUGGGGUGAAGACUUUAUCAGAAACUAUGGGCACAUUGAUUGAGUUAAGGUAUUUGGGAUUGAGAAACAAUUAUAUUCAAGAAAUCCCACACUCAUUUGGGGACUUGAAAAAGCUCGAGGUUCUCGAUGUAGCUCUAAACUUUAUGGUGGAGAUGCCAGGUAAUAUAUUGGAAAUCGGUAGCCUUCAUCAUAUCUACAUGUCUAAUGUGAUUUACCAGGAACCUCUGAAAGUAGAUGCGUUAGAGAAUCUCGAGACCCUAACCUACAUCUCGAUUUAUGAUUGGAUGUAUGAGGUGACGAGCUUGGAAAAGAUGAUUUGUCUCCAACAAUUAGGUGUUGAAGAAGUUGAUGAAAACUCAGAUGCAGGCAAGCUCUUUGCAUCACUAGCUGAAUUGGAGCACCUUCGUCACCUUACCUUGAGAGGGUUUCGUUUCAGAAGCAUACCGUGCUUGGACAAUAUCGGUAUGGUAGAUAGACUCUGGACACUCAAACUGGAUGGGCUUCUGUCUAGGCUACCAAGUGCCAAUAAUUUCCCUCAAGGGAUUAAAUAUCUGGCUUUGGUAAAUACUUGUCUUGACGAAGAUCCCAUGCCAUUACUAAAGAAUCUUCCGUGGCUAGAGUGCCUCAAACUGAGGAAUGCAUACACUGGUCGAAUAAUGUCUGUACAGUUCAAUGGGUUUGCCGACCUCCUGGUCCUACACAUCAAUGAGCUGUGGAACCUGAGAAAUGUACAAGUAGAAGAAGGUGCAAAGGCUAUGCUUGAGCAACUAGAAAUCAAGAAUUGUCCACGUCUAGACACCCUCCCGCAAGAGAUUGGGUCGAUGAAGCGUCUACGGAAAUUUAAAAUGGUAACAACCAAACGCAUAGCAACAAAGAUCAGGAAUUCGGGCUUAAUGUCCAAAAUAGUGGAAGUGGAUAUCAGUCCAUAAUUUAUACUAGUUGAUACAGUUUUCAUUUGUUGUAAUGUGAAUGAUAGUGUACUCAUCUUAUUUAUUUCUGAUUGAAUUCUAGUUAGUUUAUUA